AUGAGGAUCGAAAACGGCCACGGCGUGGAAGUUAGGCAUUUGAGUUGGACUACUUCUGACAAGAAAGUUGGAGGCAAGAAAGGCGGCAACCAUGAAGGUGGCACGAAUAAAGGUGAAGACUGGUCUGAUGUGGUGGUGGUGGUAGGUGGAGUAGAGUUUCAUGAGUCAAGCCACUUUCUCAGGGCCGGUAGUGACUAUUUUGAAGCAGCCUUUCGAAGUGGAAUGAAGGAGGCUGAGACAAAGAGAUUUGAAUUUCCCGACAAGGAUCCUGAGGGGUGGAAGCUGAUCAAGAGCUUUUUGGAGCCAUUUUCUAAUGUGUCUGUAUCUGCAAAGGAUGCAGAGAAACUUCUUCCCUGGCUUGAUGAGUUUUGCAUGCCAAAGGGCCUAGAACUGUGUGAUCAAAAGCCGGAUACAAUGGCAGCCGAGAGAUUCCGAGAACAGCCCUCCUCUUUGAGUGCCGAACAGCGCGAAGAACGGAACACUGUUCCGGCUCUCAAAUACUUGCUUGGAAAUCAGUGUUCGAUACAGCCUUCCACUUACGAAGACUACCUGUUGUUACUUUGUCCAGAAGGAGCUGGAGUCGAGGUCGUUGUUUCGAUUCGCACUAAGGAAAACAUGAGUGUUCUCUUUGAAGCAAUGCAAUCCGAUGAGCAUUGCUGCAAUGAGUUUUGGAAGCUCAUUCAAUGCCACCUUCCUACCUCUGGCUCUUCAAGUUCUGACAAGGUCAGCAUUUUAUCCUUAGAGCAUCUUCCAGCCCUAGUGGCAUGCGAGAUUCAGAAGAAACGCUCCUGAAGAGUAUUCAAGAGUGCAAGCAAAACAAUUUUCCAGUUGAAUCUCUUUGGUCGAAUCUGGAGAAAAGGGGGGUAGAUUGCAAGCGUUCGUCGAAAAAGGACAGCAGCAAGAUAUAUGUCUUUGUACUGCACAUACUCUUGGUGUACUUCUACCUCAGGUGUGUACUGGUAGCGGUAGCUCGUCCUUGUGAAAUCUACGAGUGAGCGCUUGCUCCCUUAUUACAGACAAAGAGGCCAAUGGAUGACGAUUCAUGGUCCUGGGGUCUGGUAGGGAUCAUACAGAACUAGUUUUAGCUAGCCCUUACAAAUGAUAUGCACCGAAGGGUACAUGGAUAUACGUCGAAACCAUCAAGUCACGUC